AUGAAUGCACCGAGGAUACUCAGCAGAGUGGCGUUCCGCCGCUCCUGCACGGCAUUGCAGUGCGCCUCUGCUCGUCGCGCCUACGGCAGCCCGUCUUUCCAGUCAUACCCUCUCUACUCAAACAACACACCCCCUCCGGCGAGAGGCGAUGGCAUCCCCGAGAGCUCCAUCGCAUCGCCGGAUGCGCUGCCGAAGGUCAACGAGACGAGACCCCCCAAGAUCCCCUCGCAAAUGGCGACAGCCCACCAACAAUCCUCAACACCGAGCAGCCUUUCCUCUUCCUCCCCCGCCACACAAUCCUCGACGACGAAGACAACAACAGCAGCGACCACAUCCGCAACAGCCAAGGCCACGACGACGUCAUCAGCAGCAACCGCCGCCGCCGCUACCACGGUGCCAAAGGUUUCCGAACAAGCAGCCCAGACCCCCAAACCAGCCGCCCGCCCGAAGCGCACGCUCCGUGCCCGCAAGGCAGCGAUGAAGCUUAGCCCCGCGGCGGUAGAGCAGCUGCGCGCGAUGCUGGACCAGCCGGAGCCAAAGCUGAUCAAGGUCGGCGUGCGGAACAGGGGGUGCUCGGGCCUGGCGUACCAUCUCGAGUACGUUGAGAAGCCGGGGAGCUUCGACGAGGAGGUGGUGCAGGACGGCGUCAAGGUGCUGAUUGACAGCAAGGCGCUGUUCAGCAUUAUUGGCAGUGAGAUGGAUUGGGUUGAGGAUAAGCUGAGCCAGCGGUUUGUGUUCAAGAACCCGAAUAUCAAGGAGCAGUGUGGCUGCGGAGAGUCUUUCAUGGUUUGA